UUCUUACCUCUUCCCCUCUUUCUUCUCUCCUCCGAAUCCUCAACAAAAACCCUAAAAAUGCGAUCUUUAGCGCCCAGGUAUUAUCUUUUGGAUCCCUUCUCUUCCUAUUUUUUCGACUUUUCAAAUUACCCACGAAAUCAAACAAAAAAUGAAGGAUAAAUCUCCAAAGCUCCGAUACGCAAUGGUCUGCUCCUCGAAACAGAAUCGGAGCAUGGAAGCUCACUCCCUCCUCCAGCGCAAUGGCUUCGACGUCUCCUCCUACGGCACUCGGGCACAUGUUAAGCUCCCGGGUCCAUCGUACCGCGAGCCCAACAUCUACGAAUUCAGAACCCCUUAUCACAAGAUGUACGAUGACCUCCUCCGCAAGAACCCUGAAUUGUACAAGCGUAAUGGGAUCUUGCCGAUGUUGAAGAGGAAUAUGAGUGUGAAGCUAGCGCCUCAGCGCUGGCAGGAUAAUGCUGCUGAUGGCCCCUUUGAUGUUGUUCUCAGUUUCGAAGAUAGGGUUUUCGAUGCGAUCGUUGAUGGUAAUUGGGUUUUUGUUUUUGUAUUUUUUUAGUUUUGUUUUAAAGCUGAUAUUCCACGAUUGGGUUUUGAAUUUGAUUGAUUUAUAUGAGUUUCAAUUUGGAGUUUUUAUUUGAA